AGCAGAGCAAUAGAUAAGAAAUUUUGCUCGCCAACUUUUGUUUAUUUUAUUCCUCUGUUGGCCGCCAGUGGUGCAACUUGACUUUCCCCAUGGGUCACCUGGACAAGUGCCGCGUGUGCUCCUGCGGGGUGGCCAGCGACGACGAGGCCUACAACCUGCUGCACCAACCGCUCCUGGCCGUCAAGUUCUCCGAGUGCACCAAUUUGGUGGUGGAUCCCGACGACCAGGACAUCCUCCCCAGCGAGAUUUGCUCCGAGUGCUACGAGCUCCUGGAAAAGUUCCACUCCUUCCGGGCCCUGUGCAUUAUCGCCGAUAGGAAAUGGCGCCAGAAGAAUCUCUUUAGCCGGAGGGAAAUCGACCGGCGAAACCCGGUUCUCGAAGUGGAAGACGACGACGACGACGACGAGGAGGAUGAGGAGGUGGAGCUGGAGCAGCUGGAGAACGACAUGAAGGAAGUGCUGGAGCACCUGCACGUAGACGAGCAGGCGCUGGCGGAAGUUCAGGUGAUCCAACCCCUUUUCGAAGCCCCAGAGUUGAUUAUUUGCGAUAGAACUUUGAGUCCCGAAAACUCAUCCCAAGCAUUGACGCUGAAAACCACCACCAAAAAAGUGGAACCCCAAAAGAAAGCCAUGGAAGAAUACUCGCAGCUCAGAUUCAAGUGCGAUAUCUGCUCCGAUGAGUUCAAGGAGGAAAGACGCCUGUUCCUGCACAAGAAGGAGCACGAGGGGCACAUGCUGUACCACUGCACGGAGCCGGGAUGCGGGGAGGCGUUCAACCGCUACGAGAGCCUGAGGCAACACGAGCUCUGGCACUCGGAGGAAAGCACACGGUUCGUCUGCAUGGAGGAGGGAUGCGACAGGAUAUACCGGCACAAGACUUCGCUCAAUCACCACCUCAGCAAGGCCCAUGCUAUAGGCAAACCCCCGAAAACACACAUGUGCGAGUUCUGCGGACGGGUGUUCAAGAAUGGCUCCGCCCUGAGUCAGCAUCGGUUCUCACAUGAAGAUCAAAUGGAGCUGCCAUAUGCCUGCGAGUUGCCCGACUGCCACAUGCGAUUUUAUAGCAAGGAGAAGCUUAAGAUCCACAUGAUGCGCCACCAGGGCAUUAAGAACUACUGCUGCCCCUAUUGCGGACUCAAGAAGACAACGAAGAACGAGCUGCGACUCCACAUCAACUUCCAUACUCUGGAAAGGACCUGGUCUUGUAAGGACUGCACGAAAGUCUGCAACAGUUCAACUAGUCUCAAAAAGCACGUGCGUGCGAUCCACGAAAAGGCCCGGGAUUACGCCUGCAAUUAUUGUGAGAAGAGGUUCGCCACCUCGGAUACCAGGAAGUACCACGAGAUGACCCACACGGGCGAGAAGAACUUCGAGUGUAAUGAGUGCGGCAAGAGGUUUAUACAACCAUCUGCCCUGCGGACCCAUCGCAAAGUCCACGAAUCGAAUGGGAAUCAGAAGACAGUAUAUACUAUUUUGCAGGUGGCCAGCAUGGUUUAAGAUGCUAGUCCGCUUACCAACAAAUCCACGAUGACAAUAAAUCAACGGAAUCAAAUACACUCAUAUCUUAAUGAUCUGCAUUUAUAAAUAAUAUCUAAUUCUAAAAGAAAAGAAGGGGUUUUCCCCUUUUUAAAUUACAGUCUGUAUUUUCGGUUUCGUUAAAAUUUGUUAAAUUAUUUGUUACUUUUAAACCAAUUUUAA